AUGAGCAAACGUCACCAAACAGAGGCUCGUGUCUUCAUGAGCGGUAACCAGCAGCGAAAGCAGAAAGCUGGUUGCAAACCUCCCAGAAACCCAGAGGAUGUCCCCUUUAACCCCAGGGACGCCCCGACCAUCACCGUCCUCAACUCCAGCCUCCCUAAGAAGUAUUACACCUCAGAACAGAAGGAGCAGAGUCUGAGGGAUCAGGUGAUGUCUCUCACUCAGAAGCUACAGGAGGAAAAGCAUCAGAAGGAGCUUCUGAAGAGCCAGCUUAUCCAACUGGAGCAGAGGUUCAAGACCUCAGCAGCUGCACAGAGCAUGAGCCUGAAGAGAGAGAACAAGGACCUGUACCAUAAACUCCAUGACAAAGUUGUCUCGCAGCAGGAGCUGAGGUUCGCCAAAGAAGAUCUGGUGCAGCAUCAGAGAGACAAUCACAGGCUGAUGAGGGAAGUGUUCACGCUGACAUCUGCCCUGGAGGUGGAGAGGAACACUGUCAUCAAGGCUGAGAGUCAAGUGCAGAUGUUAGAGACAGAGAGACAGGAGCUGAAGAGGGAAGUCUCCUCUCUGACAUCCACGGCCAUGGAGGCUCAGGCCAAAGUGGACCUGCUGCAGAAGCAGACACAGGACCUCAAGAGUGAAGUGUCCUUUUAUAAAUCAGCACUGGCUCAGGAGAAGUCCUCUGUGAAGGAGGCUCAGGGGAAACAGCAGCAGCUGCUGAAUGAGACACUGAAACAAGAGGUCUCCUCCCUGACACAGGCCCUGGGAGUGCAGAGGAAGACUGUCUCAGAAGCUCAGGGCACAGUGGACCUGCUGCAGAAGGACACACAGGACCUUAGGGGUGAAGUGUCCUUUCUAAAGUCAACCCUGAAGGUGGAAAGGAGCAGCUUGCUGGAGUCUCAAAGUAAAGUCAAAAUGCUUGAGACAGAAACAAAGGGGCGGAAGAGUCAGGUCUCCUCCCUGACCAGUGCUCUGGAGGAGGAGAGGACAACUCUCAUGGAGACUCAGAGGACAGUGCAGAGGAUUGAGAAGGAGAAACUGGAGCUGAAGAAAGAAGUGUCCUCUCUGACAUCUGCUCUGGACGAGGAGAGGAGCAGCACCACAGAGGCUCAGAGUCACAUGGACGUGUUGGAGAAGGAGACGCUGCAGCUGCUGUCUGCAGUGACAGAGCUCAGCCUCAGGGUGGCGCAGCAGGAGCAGAUCAUUCAGGAGCAGCAGGACAUGUCCACAAGUAAACAGCAGGAAGUCCAAACUGCUGUGGCUCAAACAGAGACUCUGUCAGACAAGCUGCAGUCUGAGGAGCAGAGGAGGACACUGCUGGAACAGAAGAUAGAGGAGCUUUCUCUCACUCUGACCUCUUCACAGGAGACCAGCUCCACUGUGAGGCAGGAGAAGAACUUUCUACAACAAACCAUGGACAAUAUGAUGGAGCAGCAGCGACAGGAGAAGCUGCUCCAGAAGAAGAACAGGAGGAGAGGAUGGUUCUUAUGUGGCUCUCAAGGAUCCUCCAGCCAAUAA